AUGGCAGCACCAAUCGAUUACGCCAACCUCUCAACGCCACCGGCUUGCGUUGCCGAUUUCUGUCUAAUCCCCAUUGGCACUACAACAGCUUCAGUAUCGAAUGAAGUAGCUGCUGUCCAGCGGCUGAUGAAAGCAAGUGGGCUGAGCUACUCGAUGCACAGCGCUGGGACGACAGUUGAAGGAUCUUGGGACGAAGUCAUGAAACUCAUCGGCCAAGCACACACUCUCGUCCACCAAAAUGGAGUUCUGCGGGUACAGACUGAUAUUCGUGCUGGCACAAGUAGGACGGACAAGGAACAACAUUUCUCGGAGAAGGUGACCAAGGUUGAGAGUAUACUUGCCGCGGACACGAAGUGA